AUCAGGGCGAUAGCCUCGUUUUCGCCCCGGUGUCGUCUUUCCCAAAGGAUCCCCAGUGGUGUCGUCCUAUGGUUGUUUUUUCCACGUCCAAGCUGUUGUAGAGGUCGUUAUCAUUAGUUGAGAUAUAUGCACAGUCUACAAGUCUUUUAGCAUCCACGAGCAUUAUUAGUAAACGCCGGGAGCGGUCGACAUACAGGAAAAUACAGGUUUUACAGGAGCUGACCCAAAAGACAAGCCAAGAUGGAGGCCACCUUCAGCUGCCCGCAGUGUUCCUUCUGUGUGGACCAUGAUGUCAUGCUGCGCGUCCUGAAACACUUCUUCAACUGUACAUCCUUCCAGUACAUCAUGGACCUCAGCUGCGGGCACCAUCCGGGCCUCGGCCACACGCACUUCCCAGGAACACUGAAAUACAAACACGUAACGGAAAGUCCCUCCGUCGACAAGACCGCGACCCCACAGACUUGUCCAACCCAGACGGAGCCCACCAUGACAGAGAAUGAGCUAGAUGACUCCUCAUUAAUGAUUCCUCCCACAGAGAUAAAAACUGAGCCUCCUGAUGACACCAUGGAGAGUCCAGAUGUAGGCUGUACUGUAGAACCAGCAGCGCCCCCUGCCCAGAUGAUGGAUACUGCAGGUUUCAGAGAGGACUGCCACCCUGUGAGAGUGGUGUGUGCAAUGGGAGGUGGUACUGCAGAUGAUAAUGAUGAUGGGUUAGUGCAGCAUGAGACAGAAACACACACCAUCACCACGGAGCCAGUAGGUGCUCCGUCCAUGGUUGUGACUCGACCUCCCUCCAUGCAGGCCACGAGAACUCAGCCUUCUGCUUCCCAUAGCAACAACGAUGGAGGGACAUUAGACCUGCCUCUUCAGCUUGCCUGUUCACAGUCUUCCCGUCCCACGGCUCUGACUAGUCAAGUGGAGUCUGGUGAGAAAAAUCUGAGUAGGACUCAAGAAGAACUUGGUGAGGAAUGCUCUGAUGAUGAGUACUCAAUGUCAUCGAGUGGCAAAGAUGCGAAAGGACCACACACCUGGACCAACAGACGAAGGAAGCAGUUGUGUGCCCACAAUUACCCAGUCAAGUGGGCAGCUAACGCCUAUCAGGUCUGGGCGGAGCAAGAAAACAGAAAGCUGUUAGCAAAACAACCCGGGGAAAAGUUCCUUGCUCCCACCAACUGGUCAAAAGCCACCCCCGAGGAGGCAAACUUCUGGGUCAGCAAGUAUCUUACUGAAGUGAGGAAGCAAGACGGGAAACCGUACACUCCCAGUACACUACAAACCCUCGCACAUGGGCUGGACCAUCACAUCAAGGAAGACCUAGGAAUCGACCAUCUAGACCUGAUGUCAAACAAUCUACAGUUUGCAGACGUGCGAAAUGCUCUCAUCAACCAGAAACAACUCUUGAGCCACUUGGAGGGGACAUCAAAGUACGGAGUGAAGGAGUUCACCGAGCAAGACGAGGCAAAGCUGUGGAGAAAGGUUUUUGACUUGAACACUCCAAAGGGACUUCUGUACGCGGUGUACUACCAUAACUGCAAGCUGUUUGGAGUCUGGACAGGAGAGGAACACCACAGUUUGACCGUGUCACAGUACAGCUUUGGUAAAGACAACAAAGGGCAGUUUGUCAAGUUUGUUCGACAAGGACGGAGGAAGAAAGACCAGGGGAAGGCAUACACUUACUAUGCAGUUCCAGGAAACCCGUGGUGCGUGGUUAAUCUGUAUCGGCUAUACCUCAGUAAGAUUCCCCCAGGAGGACAUUUCUACUUCAGGCCUGUAACAAACCAAGCCCCGGGUUAUGGCUGCCAUUGGUACAGUACGCAGCCUGUCGGACACAACCACUUUGCCACCAUUAUGGCAAAAUUAGCAGAGAUGAUUGGACUGGAAGGGCGCUACACUGCUGCUUCUGCCUGCAAGAAAAGGCCCUUACGCGGAGACCUGCCCAGCACUAAGAGACUGUGUUCCCAUGAACACAUGCCAAUACCAGCUGUACAUGGCACCACGUGCGCACUGGCUCCAGUAAACAUAGCACCCAAAUUAUCAUCAGUCCAUUCAGCAGCUGCAGCAUCCCACAGCUCAUGUUCUGCCAGCUUUACUGAAGGAGCCACAAACUUGUCAGAAGGGAACCCAACUGCACAGCAGAUGUUCAUGUUAGUGCCGGUGGCCAGGUCUACGGCAGGCACAGGGGACAUAGGUAAUAAGCAAAUUACAAAAUUAGAUAUAUUCACGUAGAGACGGAAGUGUAAGAAGGUGUGGAUUGAAAUAAAUUUCACUUACGUUUGAGUGUCUACUACAUGUAUCAUACUAUAGCCACCUGGUAAGUCAGAAAACAGCGGUGGAUACUGUGGUUUUAGCUGGCGCAUAGCAAAAUGCCCCAUAAAUCAGGUACAACUUACCCAACAAGUUAGUUCAAUGCCCACAGUACUGCAUGGGUUGCAUAACUUUUUGGGCUUAAUUUGGUUUAUGGGGCAUGUUGCUAGUGGGGCUAGGAUAAGCCUAGUAGCUGCUGUGUGGUUCUCUGGCUUCCAGCAUACCACCAACUAUGUUAUCUUCUGAUUCAAUGAUGGAAGUACCUUUGAAUGCAAAAUUUGCUUUAAAUUGCUACAAAUUGUAAUGAUGUAUAGUGCAGCUGAAUACAACAAAGUACAUGUACCUGAGUAUGUACUACAGACUUAGGAUUGUUAUGUACAAAGCCCAUGCCUUGUACUGAAGCCAUAUGUAACCUUGUGUUCUAGCUCCAGGCCAGGCAGCCAGGGGCAAUGACAGAGACCCUUAUCAGCCAUGAAGGUGUCUAACACAAUGGGAUAUCUUGUAGUUAAGAUUCUUGUUUACCCAGCAACAUGUGGAACUACCUCAGUAACGUAGAGGAAUCAUCAUCUGGUACCCCGCGCAAGAAGCGAAACCGUAAGAGGGAUCGCUACUCGUGCCCCGAGGACGGAUGUGACCGGACGUUCCGCGACAAAUACGAGAUGACCAACCACUU